AUGGCGUCUUCCAACAAUGUUACCCCCACCAACUGUAGCUGGUGGCCCAUCUCAGCCUUGGAUGAAGACGGUGAAAUGACAGACGGAGAGAAAAGCGAAGAGCCAGCUAUCGAGUCGAAACCAAAUUUCUCUAAAGACAAGCUUGUUUUGUAUCACUGGACGCAGUCUUUCAUCUCUCAAAAGAGGUUGUCAGUGCGUCUGGUGAUCAAUGAGAAGGGUCUGCUGUGUGAAGAGAGGGAUGUGAGUCUCCCUAUUGCCGAGCACAAUGAGCCCUGGUUUAUGAGGCUCAACCUGGGGGAGGAGGUGCCUGUUUUCAUCCACGGAGAUACCAUCGUCUCAGACUACAACCAAAUCAUAGAGUACCUAGAGGCUAACUUUGGGGGAGAAACGGUGGCCCAGCUGAUUCCCGAUGCUGGCUCUCCUGUCCACGAGUGUGUGCAGCAGUACCGUAAGCUGCUGGACGGCCUGCCCAUGGAUGCUUACACACACGGCUGUAUCCUGCACCCAGAGCUCACCACAGACUCCAUGAUCCCAAAGUACGCCACCGCUGAAAUACGUAGACACUUAGCCAAUGCUGCGUCUGAGCUGAUGAAGCUGGACCACGAGGAACCCACGCUGACAGAGCCAUACCUCUCCAAGCAGAAGAAACUCAUGGCAAAAAUAUUGGACCACGAUAAUGUGACGUACCUAAAGAAGAUCCUUGGAGAGUUGGCCAUGGUACUAGAUCAGGUAGAGGCCGAGUUGGAAAAGAGGAAAAUCGAGUAUGAAGGUCAAAAGUGUGAGUUGUGGCUAUGUGGACCUGAAUUUACAUUAGCUGAUGUCUGCCUGGGAGCCUUGUUGCACAGGCUUAAGUUCUUGGGACUCUCAAAGAAAUACUGGGAGGACGGCAGCCGACCCAACCUCCAGUCCUUUUUCGAGCGGGUGCAAAAACGCUACGCUUUCCGAAAAGUUCUGGGCGACAUCCACACAACCCUUCUGUCAGCAGUUCUACCCAAUGCAUUCCGAAUGGUAAAAAAGAAGCCGCCAUCUUUCUUCGGGGCCUCUUUCCUCAUGGGCUCUCUGGGAGGGAUGGGCUACUUUGCCUAUUGGUUUCUAAAAAAGAAAUAUGUGUAG